AUGACGUCUAGACUGAUCAGCUCCAACGUAUCAAGUAUUGUCAAUCUGUAUAUUCAAUUGUCAGCUAUGACCAAUAUAGGAAUGUGGGCUGCGGUCGUUCUUGGUUGCGCUGUCUUAACUUGGUUUGAUCUUGGGGGACUGAACAGUAGUAGCGAUUCAGAGAAAAUCAUACCAACAUUGAAAAAAGCAGCAAACCCACUACCUACACUUCAGUUCAUGUUUUGGUACCCAUCUUUUAUUAUUGAAGGCGAUACGUAUCCUCCACCCGCCUGGCGAGCCUACUUAGCAAAAUCCUUACAACUUCUGAAAUAUUCCGUUAUUCUUAUGACAGUGUUUAGUUUCGACCCCUUUGGAUAUCUUGGAUACCCCACUCCCAACUUAGUGUCAUACGCCACACAAAAUAAAGUUUCUUUCUGUUUGAUGACGUUUCUACUUGGAAAUGUUAUUGAAGGACAGUUAGUAUCUACGGGUGCUUUCGAAAUAUACUUGGAUGAUAUUCCGAUCUGGUCGAAACUGUACACAAAUCGUAUCCCCCAACCAGAAGAGCUUCUUCACAUAAUAGACAAUCACGUAAAACUCCGAGAAUCGACAAGGACAAUUCAGUCUGUCGGUCCACCCAUGUAG